GGGGCGGGCCAAGGGGCAGGGCGUUAGAAAACACCACCCACCCGACUUCUCAGCAGCAGCAAAGCGGUUCCCUUUAACGUUGGGAUCUAUGUGUUAGCCUGUCUUCACAUUGUCAAGAUGUCUCUUUCUAAGAAGCUAACUUUGGACAAACUGGAUGUGAAAGGGAAACGAGUCAUCAUGAGAGUAGACUUCAAUGUCCCCAUGAAGAAGAACCAGAUUACAAACAACCAAAGAAUCAAGGCCUCCCUCCCAAGCAUCAAAUACUGCCUGGAUAACGGAGCCAGGUCAGUAGUUCUCAUGAGUCAUUUAGGUAGACCUGAUGGUGUUCCGAUGCCUGAUAAAUACUCCUUAGAGCCUGCUGCUGCUGAACUCAAAUCCUUGCUGGGCAAGGACGUUCUGUUUCUAAAGGACUGUGUGGGCUCAGAAGUGGAGAAAGCUUGUGCCAGCCCAGCUACCGGUACAGUCAUCCUGCUAGAGAACCUGCGCUUUCAUGUGGAAGAAGAAGGGAAGGGCCAAGAUUCUUCUGGAAAUAAACUUAAAGCCGAGCCAGAUAAAAUAGAAGCCUUCCGAGCAUCCCUCUCCAAGCUAGGGGAUGUGUAUGUCAAUGAUGCUUUUGGCACAGCUCACCGGGCCCAUAGUUCCAUGGUGGGAGUGAAUUUGCCUCAGAAGGCAUCUGGAUUCCUGAUGAAAAAGGAGCUGGAUUACUUUGCCAAAGCCUUGGAAAAUCCAGAGAGACCCUUUCUGGCUAUACUUGGUGGAGCCAAAGUGGCAGACAAGAUCCAACUCAUCAAAAAUAUGCUGGACAAGGUCAAUGAGAUGAUUAUUGGGGGUGGAAUGGCUUAUACCUUCCUUAAGGUGCUCAACAACAUGGAGAUUGGUGCUUCCCUGUUCAAUGAAGAGGGAGCCAAGAUUGUCAAAGAGAUUAUGGCCAAAGCUGAAAAGAAUGGUGUGAACAUUACCUUUCCGGUUGACUUUGUCACUGCUGACAAGUUUGAAGAGAACACUAAGGUUGGCCAAGCCACUGUAGAAUCAGGGAUACCUGCUGGCUGGAUGGCUUUGGACUGUGGUCCUGAGACCAACAAGAAGUAUGCACAAGUGGUGGCCAAAGCCAAGCUAAUUGUGUGGAAUGGACCUUUAGGGGUAUUUGAAUGGGAUGCUUUUGCUAAGGGAACCAAAGCCCUCAUGGAUGAAAUUGUGAAAGCCACUUCCAAGGGCUGUAUCACCAUUAUAGGAGGUGGAGACACUGCUACUUGCUGUGCCAAAUGGAACACUGAAGAUAAAGUCAGUCACGUGAGCACUGGAGGAGGUGCCAGUCUAGAGCUCCUGGAAGGUAAAGUCCUUCCUGGAGUGGAUGCCCUCAGCAACCUGUAGUUGACAGUGUCCCUUCCUACUGUUUUCUGUACACAGCCUUUAAAUCAACUUAGUGAUUUUACAUCUCAACUUGACUUUUGUUAAAAUCGAUCCCUAAAGCAAGAUUCAGGCAAUAACCAAGGGAUGGGCCAUCCGGAACUCUUAACAUCAGCACAGCAACACAACUCAUUUUAGUUCUGUCAUGCAUUUGCCUACUCUCUUCAAGAUCUCAUUUGAACUUCACCGUUGUGAUUCAUAGAAAGUGAGUUGCCUAUUAAAGUGACUUGAAUAAGCUGAA